AUGGACUCCGCAAACCUCGAAGACUACGACGCUCAGAUCGCGGCGCUCAAGGCGCGGAUGGAAGAGGCUGAGCGAGCGAAGGCGGCGGCUGCGGAGAAGAAGGCGGAAGAAGAGCGGAGACGGGCGGAGGAGUUGAGAAAGGCCAAGGAAGAGGCAGCGGCGAGGAGGGCUGAGGAGGCGGCAGCGAAGAGAGUCGGAGAGGAGGGAGCGGCGCCGUCGGCCAAGGCGGCCGGAAAGAAGCGGGCCCGGAGCGACGCCGACGAGGCGAACGUGAAGAAGUUGAAGACGGCCGCGAAGAUGCAGGCCGAUCUCCAGGACGACUCGUUGUGGAGGUCCACCAACUCGCCGUGUUCCGUCUGCCGGACGGAACACCUCGACUGUGAAGAGCCCGUCGGUCGGCGCCGGAGCACCUCCUGCCGGAGCUGUGCGCUGAAGAAGAAGAAGUGCGACUUGAAAGUCGCCAAGGUCGUUGUUCCGGCUGGUGCGCGGUCGGGGGUAGAAGCACCUCCGGCUCGACCCUCGGAGCAGCCCGCCCGCGCGGAGUCAUCGCUCCUCGAGAGUCCAUUGGACUCUAUCCCGGCUCCUCCGAAGACAGGCCGGCUCGGUUCGAUGGACGCGGUGCACACCGCCUCCAACGAGGAGGUGGAGGCGUACGGGGAGAUGUGGGAUGGUCACCGGAAGUGGGAGGAGUUGAGGCGCGAGAGGGACACCGCGGUUUCCGCGCGUCUCACCAAACGGCUUAUCGACGCCGCGGAGGUAAGGAUGAACGCCCGGUUCGAUCGUCUGGAGGCGUUGCUGGCGGAGGUGUUGGAGAGGACCGCGGUGCCAGAGGACUCCGCAAUGGUGGUUGACGAGACGUCGGAGUCGGAGUCGGAGAAGACGGGAGAAGACGAAGGAGAAGAUGAGGAUGAGGACGAGGACGAGGACGAGGACGAGGAGUAG